GAGGCGGGACGCGGGCGGGCGAGGAGGCGGCGCCGCGGGUCCGGCUCCAGUCGCCUCGGGAGGAGGACGAGGAAUUGGACGCCCGGUGGGCGCGCGGGAUGGAAACCGACUACAACCCCAUGGAGCUAAGCAGUGUGUCGGGGUUCGAAGACAGCUCGGACCGUAAUGGUUUUGAAGGAACUGAUGUGAAGGACAUGCGGCUAGAGGCAGAAGCAGUAGUGAAUGACGUCCUCUUUGCUGUUAACAACAUGUUUGUCUCAAAAAGCCUGCGCUGCGCAGAUGACGUGGCCUAUAUCAAUGUGGAGACAAAGGAAAGGAACAGAUACUGCCUAGAGCUCACUGAAGCAGGGCUGAGGGUGGUUGGUUAUGCCUUUGACCAGGUGGAUGAUGAUUUGCAGACACCCUACCAUGAAACAGUCUACUCCUUGUUGGAUACACUCAGCCCUGCCUACCGGGAAGCAUUUGGCAAUGCAUUGCUUCAGAGACUGGAAGCUUUGAAAAGGGAUGGACAGUCAUGACCCAGCUUCUUCCUUUAAAGGGAGUGGCUGCUGGUUCCGAAUGUUAACAGAAAACUUGAACUUCUUGCCUAUGAUCACAGUAGAAAACACAUCUUUGGUUUUGUGUGUUUAUCAUUUGCUUCAGAUUUAGGCUUUUAACUCAGAACAUGAUUAACAAAUGAGUUGUCUCAGUUUCUGACUCAUUAAGGGAAUUGUGAGGCCAUGGCUAAGACACCAUUAUUAACAUUCAGAUUCCUUUACACAGUUUGUCUGCAUUUCAAACCCUAAUCAGUAUCUCAUUCUCUUACCACAGGGCUUUCAAGCUGCCAGCACUCUCUUUUACAUAGGAAAUUCUAGAUUUGCACAGUAAUAUAGGAAUUAGAAUUACCUAACUUCAAACUUGGAUUCAGCCUGCUAAAUCAGGGGUUUACUACUAGCUUGGACUGACUUUGUAGUGAUUGUUUUGCUACUAGCCUUAUUGGAAACAAAACGAUCCCCUGCACAAAUUUUGAAAUUCACUAGUUCACUUAUUCUGCUUAUAUUGCUAAUACAGACUGAUAAAGGUGGAUUCCUUAUCUAAUAAUUACUUACUAGUGCUUAACUAAUAGUAAGUGAAAAAUGAACUGAAAUAGUUCUGCAUUCCUUGUUUGCAACCGCCAGCCAACUAAGCAGAGGAAAAACCGUUAGCAAAUGAAUGUAAUAAUUACUUGUUUCCAAGAUAUCUAAGCACAUGAGCAAAUACAGGAACAGGCUCCAUUCUCAACAAAAAGCAUCCUCAGUGUAUAUUAUUUCAAAGAAAGAAGCUUCUGGUUUCCUAGAAGACAAUAUUUUGGCCUGUGUUGAUUCUUAUUCUGAAUGUUUGUUUACAUAAUGUACAGUAUCUAUAUAUAUUCAGAAAGUAUUUUUGCUUCAACGUUUCCUUUCUAUGAUGUAGUGCUUUGGUACUCCCACGAGACCCCUCCCUCCCAGUUAGCGGGACAGUGUUCUGUCUCAGUGCUCAGUGUACAGUGUCAUAUGAGUGCAUUGUAUGGGUUUGAAACCAAAGGAUGAAUGAAGCAUUCAGAGACUUCAUAUUUGAAAAAGAGAUACUCUGUAUUUUAUAUUUUGUUACAAGUACUGAUCUUUAUAAACUUACUAAAAACAGUACCAUGCUGCUGCAUAUUUUCAAAUACAUGCUGAACAGUGAGGACUGAGAAGUAGUUCUUCAGUCACCUAAAGCAGCCACUGUAGAAAUGUUCAGCUAAAAUUUUGCAUCUGGGUGCACCUUCAUAAAUAUGUCAUUUGCAGAUUUUUUUAAGUUAUUUUACAGUAGACAAUUUUAGGCUCCAAAGAUCUUACGAAAGCUUGGGAUGUAGCUCAGGGUAGAGCACUUCCCUAGCAUGCUGAGGCCCUGGAUUCAAUCCCUGGGACUGGAAGGGGGCAGGGGGGAGAUGAUGUGGACCAGAGCAAAAUAAAGGAUUGAAGUUCAUUUGUGUCAAUGUUCACAGAUUUCUCUGGACCGUUGGGUUGUGUAUGGUCAUGCAUGGUCAUCCUCUGCACUGUUGUCAGAUGCUUAACUGUUCAGAAAUGAAGUCUAACUUCAGGUUGAACUCUCUCAUGCUUAAACUCAGGCUAAGUGUAAAUGAUAUUUGUAAAGUUUGAAUAAAAUCCUGUUUACUCACUUUUGAGUUAAGUAUGAAGGAAAGUAAUUGUACAUUUAAAAUUGAAAUUGUUCAUUUUGUGAUAAAUGAUUGAUUCCAAGAA